AUGGACCCCAUACCGUCCACGCCCGACGAGGUUCUCUCGGACGGCUUUGAUAGCAACCCCAACUCUCCUAUAUCCGGCCAGUCCUCGCAGGCUAGCACACCUCUCGAAAAUGCCGGCGCAGAGCAGUUGGGUGGGGACACUGUAAAACGGUUACCGUCUCUUCGUUCCGUGUCCGACCCUCAGAACAUGAACCCGAACUCGACGCCGCUCGGCACACUCUCCAACGCUAGGCGCCCGCCAGCCUCGUCGGUUUUGGGCGGUGCUCUCACCGGCAGCGACGCCAUGCUCAAAGCCCGCUCUCUUGCCCAGGCCAGGCUUGGCAAGCCACCCCCAAUGCUCCAAGAUGGACGACUUCAAAAGUACAUUGACGCGGAAAAGGGCUGGAUCACGUUUGAGGGCGCGGCCACGAUUACGAAUAAAGGAGUCAACUUUUCUAAUGGCAAAUCAUUCCACAUGUCGCUCGACGAGGUGGAGCCUUUGGGCGAGCUAGGGAAGGGCAACUACGGAACGGUGUACAAGGUGCGGCACGCGAGACCCACGCGGCCCCGAUUCGGACAGGGUCUAUCAGGGUUCCGGGCCUCGUCGAGCACAUCCAUGACGGACAUUUCGGAGGCCACCACGCUCACUAACGGGACGCCGGGUGCCACGCCGAACAACUGCACCGGCGUCAUCAUGGCGAUGAAGGAGAUUCGAUUGGAGCUGGACGAAGCCAAGUUUACGACGAUUUUGAAAGAGCUCGUGAUCCUGCACGAAUGCGUCUCGCCGUAUAUUAUUGAUUUUUACGGCGCGUUUUUCCAAGAGGGUGCGGUGUACAUGUGUAUCGAGUACAUGGACGGUGGCUCCAUUGACAAGAUCUACUCGGGAGGUAUUCCGGAAGAGGUGUUGCGGCGGAUAACGUACGCUACCAUUAUGGGCCUCAAGACCCUCAAGGACCAGCACAACAUUAUCCACAGGGACGUGAAGCCCACCAACAUACUCAUCAACCGAAAGGGGCAGAUCAAGAUUUGCGAUUUCGGCGUCAGCGGCAACCUCGUGGCGUCCAUUGCGAAAACCAACAUUGGCUGCCAGAGCUACAUGGCGCCGGAGAGGAUAUCGGGCAGCGGUAUGAAUUCGGCGGGCUCUGACGGCACCUAUAGCGUCCAGAGCGACAUCUGGAGCCUUGGUCUCACCGUGAUUGAGUGCGCGCUCGGCAAAUACCCUUAUCCUCCCGAGGUGGCCUCGACCAUCUUUAGCCAGCUCAGCGUAAGCCAUUGUCGAUGGCGAGCCCCGGACCUACCCGCGGAAGGAUACUCGGAGACGGCACGAAACUUUGUGCGGGGAUGCCUAAACAAGGUUGCCAAGAUGCGGCCGACGUACGCCAUGUUGUUGAAGCACCCGUGGAUGAAACCUCUGGCCGAAUACGACACUAUAACAGAAGAGCCCGAAUCUGAUGGGGAUUCGGACGGAGUAGACUCGGUCGCGGACAGCAUGAGCAAGAUGCGCUUCCGGGCCAAUGCCGAAGACGUGAUUGUGGCAGAGUGGGUCAAGGGCGUGCUGGAUAGCAGAGGCACCCAGGAGGUGCAGCAGUCCUCGCGGCCAGCCUUGCACGCGGCGCCUCUUGACAGCGUGAGCCCUGUGGGAACGCCGUCUGCCGAAUAG